AUGCUUGCUGCUCCACUCCAACCACAUGAUAUCACCUUGCCUCGUUUUCCACCAGUGCAACUCACAAAGGACACAUCUUCUCAACCCUCUCCACGCGAGAUCGCACAAUCCUGGCUCGAUCGAUUCACAGCAGUCCUUUCUUCCGGAGAUGCUUCACGUCUAAACGCCGUCCUGCAUGAAGACAGCUGGUGGAGAGACCAUGUAGCCCUUUCCUUUGAUCUCCGUACUCUACACGGCCUACCUGCAAUCACAUCCUUCCUGUCGCCCAUCCUCUCCUCUGUGAACUUACGACCAUUGAGCCUGGCUGCAGAAGGCCAAGCAUACGCGCCCUCCAUCGUGAAACUCCCAGACCUCGAGUGGAUACAGUCUAUCUUCACAUUCGAGACAAGCACAGGCAGAGGCCGUGGUUUCCUCCGUCUGGCUCAGGACGAAACGGGGGUUUGGAAGGCUCAUAUGCUGUAUACAGCACUCGAUGAACUGAAAGGCCACGAGGAGACCACUGGCACUCGACGCUCCCAUGGCGGUCAAAACUCUUCUCUGGGCGGAAACUGGUUUGAGAGAAGACAAAGGACCUACGGUUUCACCGAAUCUGAACCUACUGCUUUGAUUAUCGGAGCCGGACAAGCUGGCCUAAAUCUUGCUGCUCGGUUGCAGGCGCUGGGCGUUUCUACCCUGAUUGUAGACAGACAGACUCGUGUGGGAGAUAAUUGGCGUUCUCGAUACCGCACGCUGGUAACUCACGACCCCGUAACUUAUGCACACAUGUCAUACCUCCCAUUCCCAUCCAACUGGCCUUUGUACACGCCAAAAGACAAACUCGGAGAUUGGUUCGAAGCCUAUGCCAGUCUGAUGGAACUCAACAUCUGGCUCUCCAGCUCUGUGACCUCGGCAAAAUACUCCUCAUCCUCAAAGUCCUGGACGGUCGACAUCACAAAAGCAGACGGAAGCAAACGAUCUCUCCACCCUUCGCAGCUCAUUCUCGCAACUGGGCACAGCGGCGAACCCCGUAUCCCUUCUUUCCCAGGCCAAGACACUUUCACCGGAACGAUCUACCACGGCAGCACACACAAAGACGCCACCCCCGAAUCUGCAAAUGGCAAAAAAGUCCUCGUGGUAGGCACCGGCAACAGCGGCCACGACAUUGCCCAAAACUACCACGAAGCCGGUGCAGCUGCCGUCACCAUGCUCCAACGCUCAGGCACUUACGUCUUGCAAGCCGAGAAAGGAGGACACAUGCUCCACGCAGGCACCUACGACGAAACAGGUCCUCCAACCGAAGCAGCAGAUCUCUAUUCCCAAUCCCUACCUCUACCCGUGCAGUUCGCUUUCGGCAGGAAUCUUACCGCCUCUAUCGCAGAAGCCGAAAAAGAAAAUCUUGAGGGACUGCGUAAAGCAGGGUUCGCAGUAGACUUUGGCCUCGAUGGAUCAGGUCUGUUUCGCAAGUACAUGACCAAAGGAGGCGGCUACUACAUCGACGUAGGCUGCAGCUCUCUCAUCACAUCCGGCAAGAUCAAACUCGUGCGUUGCGAAAAGGGCAUCGCCGCUUUCGAACCCAAUGGCGUGCGUCUCGCAGACGGCACCUUUGUAGACGCCGACGUGGUGGUUCUCGCAACAGGCUACGACAACAUGCGCACUUCCUGCCGCAAAAUCUUGGGAGACGAGAUUGCGGAUAACGUGACGGAUGUCUGGGAUUUGGACGACGAGGGUGAGUUGAACGGUAUGUGGCGACCUUCUGGCCAUCCUGGCUUUUGGUACAUGGGCGGGAACCUCGCGUUGUGCAGAAUUUACAGCAAGUUUCUUGCGUUGCAGAUCAAAGCUGCCGAAGUGGGGUUGGGUGUAGAAAAGGAGAUUUGA